AUGAAACUGGACUGGACUGGACUGGACUGGACUGGACUGGACUGGAUCGGACUGGACUGGAUCGGACUGGACUGGACUGAACCAGACGCUCCGGGCACUGCUCUGGAGGCUUUCGCAGAGGCAUCUGUGCGUGGGAGUGACCAGAAGUGUACCGUGAGCGCGUAUAUUGAAGAACGGGCAACCCCAACGGCCCUCGGCUCCCCUCCAGAAUCUAUUGACACAACCAUCAACACCACAAUUCUUCUCUCGGCCUCGACCUCGACCUCGUCCAUCUCUCUUCUACCCUCCGCAACUCUCCCCCCUCCCCCCCAACCAUCUCUCUCCAAAAUGUCUCUCAACCUCGAAAAGCAAUUGUGCUUCUACGGAGCCUACCACCACAAUAGCGUCAACAUCGGCAUCCACAUGCUAUGUGUGCCACUAAUCCUCGCCAGUUCUAUACUGCUUGCCACCAACACUCCGACCGUGAUCCCUCUGCCUCACUGGCUCACGAUUCCUAAUCUCCCUCUGAACUUUGGCACCAUCGGGGCAAUCUUAUACAGUGGCUUCUAUAUCCUCCUAGAGCCUGUUGCAGGCAGCAUCCUCCUGCCAGUCAUUAUCGGAUGGACUGCUUUCGCAAACCACCUUACCUCGGCGUCGACCAGCACUUUCGCCAAUCUAGCUAGCAUCGCAGUCUUCGUCGUGUCUUGGAUCGCCCAGUUUGUCGGUCACGGUGUAUACGAGGGCCGGGCACCCGCGCUGCUAGACAAUUUGGUUCAGGCCUUGGUCCUGGCCCCAUUCUUUGUUUUCAUGGAGGCCCUCUUCACCUUCGGCUACAGACCGGAGUUGCAGAAGAGAGUUGCCGCUGGUGUGGACAAGGAGAUCAAGAGGUUCAGGGCAGAGAAAGCGCAGAAUGGGAACGGAGCCGCCAAGAACGUAAUCUGGGACGAAGCAUCACACGAUUGCGGGGUACGGUACGGCUGUGAGGAAGGGAAGGCACUGCGAGAAUCUUUCUGUUUUCUCCCACACCCGGCGUAG